CUUACUCUGCACACUGGAUUCAUUCCCCUCCUACAAACAUGAUUAGUUCAUCGGAUUAUGGCACGAUACCUGACGACAGAGCAGUGAAUCAGUUGUGCCGAGCGUGAGCUGAUUCGACUCGGCCCCGCGGGCGUAUAAAGGUCGGCGAAUCGCUGUACGUCUCUUCAUCUUCACCUCCUCUCGCGCUUUGGUUACUGCGCGAUGCUUUCCGUGUCGUCGCAGCUCAUUCUGAGCGUGUUCAUUGCCCUCGGCCGCGCGUCCAGCGUGCCUCUGGUCAAGCGCAACUCCACUAUCAACUGGUUCGCGUGCAGCGAUCUGGAUGCUAAGUACACCAGCGACAACCUCAACACCACCUGUGGCUUCUUCGAAGUCCCUCUCGACUGGGCGGACGACUCCGUUGGGACCGCGAAGCUCGCUGUGGUCAAGCUCGCGGCGAGCAAGGAGCGCUGGGGCACGGUGUUCAUGAAUCCGGGCGGCCCCGGCGGCUCUGGCCUCGACUUCAUCUACACCUACGGCGCGACCGUCGGCGACGAGACCAGCGGGCACUACGACGUCGUCUCCUGGGACGUGCGCGGCGGGCUCGGAUACUCCACGCCCGGCGCCCCCGCCUGCUUCGCCAGCGCGGAGGACAGCGCGCAGUUCUUCGCGGGCACGCUGGAGGAGGACGGGCUGGACAUCAAGGGGAACCUGACGGACGGCGGGCAGGUCGAUGAGUUCUAUUCGCACGUGGACGAGAUGGACGCGAAGUUUCGUGGGCUGGCGGAGCGCUGCCUGCAGGCGGAGAGCGGGAAGAGCCUCCAAUAUGUUGGCACGGCGGCGACGGUCCGGGAUAUGGUCGCGCUGGCGGACGAGCUCGAGCCUAGCGUGCCAGAGAUCAAUUUCUGGGGGAUUUCCGGUGGUACAGUUGUCGGGGCGACUUUCGUCAAUAUGUUCCCUGACCGUGUCGGGCAUGUCGUCCUCGACGCCUGCGUAGAUCCCACUCUUUGGUACGACAGGCCCCCGCCGGAUAUCUACAGCGCCAACCUCCUCUCUGCCGAAGAUACAUACAGCGGACUUGUCGACAACUGCGCCGCCGCAGGCAGGGGCGGCUGCCACCUUCUCGAGAGCGACGACGAGACGGGCGCCGACCUCAAGGCGCGGCUGCAGUCGUACAUGGACCGCGCCCACGACCUCCACGAAGCCGGCGUCGACCUGAGCAAGACGCUCACCUCCGUCGAAUUCCGCUACCAGAUCCUCACCGCCCUCUUCAUGCCCUCCACCUGGUCCACCUUCGACAAGAUCGCCGUCGCCUACAACCGGUCGCUCGCCGCGCUCUCUACCAACAGCACCGUCCCCGACGCGCUCGCCCAGCAGCUCGUCCCGCUCAAGCACCAGCCGCAGGUCACGUACGAGGCGCACGCGAUCUGGUGCGGCGACGGCAUCGACGCGGGCAAUAUGACGAUGCGUGAUAGCUUCGAUGCGAUCGUCGAGGCUUCGAAGGAUGUGUCGCCUACUUUCGGUCCAAAGUGGUGGAAUUUGGCGGUUAUCAGUUGUUUUGCGUGGCCUGCGAGAGCUGUCGAGCGCUAUACGGGUCCGUGGAACAACCAGCUUAAGAACCGGGUCCUCGUUCUUGGGAACGCGGCGGACCCUGGAACGGCUUUCAAGAACGCGGAGAGCCUGGCCAGUUGACUUGGGAGCGAUAACGCUGUCCUGGUGAAGCAGAAUGGCUAUGGGCACUCGUCGAUUGCGCAGAAGUCGACUUGCACGGGCAACAUUCUCAGGCAGUACUUCGAGGACGGCACGCUUCCCGAAGGUAACGAUACAGAGUGCGAAAUCGAUGCCGACGUUGUCCUCUUCCCCGAGUACACCGCCGUCUAGGUCCUCAACACUUGGAAAGCCAGAGUCGACGAAGAGACCGUCUUACUUGGUAAUUCACUUGGCAUGAUUGGUGUUCUAGUGGCUCCGUAGAAUUGAAUUUCACACUCGUUACAUAGUUCUUCGUUUCGAUGCAGGUCCAGUCUAUCUGUGGUGGGCAAUGGUACCUACGUG